AAUUCAGAGUGACCGAAAUAAAAUAUAGAAAAAUAUCAAAAUAUUUUUAUUGUUUUUUUUGCUUGCAUAAAAUUUCGGGUGCCAAGUGAAUUAUUAAUAAUUGCGGCUAAAAAAUGUGCGAAAAUCAGUGAUCAGUGGCCCCAAUCCAAGUCCCGGGACUAGCAAAGUGCGCAGACACCGCGGUCGGCGAAAAUGAAUCAGUGACGUCGCAAAUCAGAGACAACAAAGAAGUGAAAGAGGAGGAAGUGGUGGCGGCCCCGUAUUGCGUAUCAUCCGUGUCCGUGUCUCCCCCAUUCCAAGCCCCGUGCAUAAUCAGUAUUAUCCGUCGGACAGCCCGAGCCCGGAUUGAACAAACAGAAGUCAAACGUACAAAAAUAUACUGACCGAAACAUGUGCUAGGCUCCGAAAUGGGAUCGCGUAUCAAAAAUGACGUGAAAAAGCUCUUCGAGUUCUGGUGCGAGGUCACACCUACCCCUUGGCUGGAAAGGGGCAGCAGUCCGAGGAGUGGCAGCCCCGCCACACCUGCUGGCGUGAUUGUGGAGAGCUUCCCCGAAGGAUACCGUGACAAGGAGGUGCUAGCCGGCAUUCCAGCCUUUGCCUUUCCCUGCGAACUAGCGAGCACUUCGGUGCAGACGUAUUCCUUUGUGCACACCACCGGCGACUCGAAAUGGCGCUUCGGCUUCUGCCGGCAAGAUCCCAAAGCGAAAACGGCCAUGGUGCUGAUCACUUACCUGCCGUGGCACGACACCUUUCUCAAAUUGAUGCCUAUACUUGCCGAACUGAAGCGGACAGAUGCCAGUGGUUUCAGGGCUUUCCUAUCCGAGGCCUACAACCAGGGUAUUCCCGAUUCUGGCGGCAGUCUGAGUGUUUUCUACAACAGCGGACAGAGUCACUUUGUAUUCGAACGUCCGCUACAGUUCCAGUUGCCCAGUAUUCCACAAAAUCACAACUUGGCCUUGUACUACAGUUUCGCGGAGCCCAAGGAGAUGAUAGCAGUAUUUGCAGCAAUGCUGGCGGAGCGUCGUAUCAUCUUUACCUCGCGCAACCUGGACCGGCUAUCGUCGUGCAUCCAGGCGGCGAACGCAUUCCUAUACCCCAUGGUCUGGCAGCACAUAUUCAUACCCGUGCUGCCGCUGGAGUUUAAAGACUAUCUGGGUGCCCCCAUGCCAUAUCUAAUUGGUGUUCCAGAACCUGUGCUCGAAACUGUGACCAAUGAUGAACUCGGCGAAGUUGUGAUCUUGGACUGUGAUACGAAAAUAUUCAAGAGCCCCUUCAACGAUGUACACAAUCUGCCGACAGAGAUUGUCUCGCAGCUGAAAAAGCAUUUGAAUCACACGCAGGAUCACAUAGGCGACCGCAUUUCGAAGAUCUUCCUCAAUGCUCUUGUCCAGCUAAUCGGUGGCUAUCGCGACGCGGUUGAAUACCACGAGAAUUGCAAAACCUUUAAUAACGAAAAAUUCAUCGAAUCUCGACCGGCGCACCUUCGCCCUUUUCUUGCCAAAAUGAUGGAGCUGCAGAUAUUUGCACAGUUCAUCGACGAUCGCCUGAAGAUGCUCAACAGCGGGCUCGGUUUCUCCGACGAGUUCGAGCUGGAGACAGUACGCUAUGCGGAGAAGAAGAAGCGACGCAACAACAUCAUCAAGAAUUUCAAGGACAAGACUAAUCCGGCUGUAAAGUCUGCCGUCAAAUCGGUGAAGGAGGGCUCGAAGGGUAUGAAGACAGCUUACAAGGACCUGAAGACCAAGUUCCGAGAGAACGGUAACCAGUUCGGCGGCACGCAUUUUCACUUCGGCCUGGGAUCGCCGAAUCACUCGGAUCGCCCUGACGGCGCCAGCAGCGUAUACGCACGCAACGGCAAAGCUAUUGGAGCGGUACACCACUCGGCGCCGAGUUCACCAGUGACCAGCAAGCGGCUCGAUGCGAUCAGCACCAGCAUCAGCUCCGCCACCGGGGGCAGUAGCAGUGGCGGCUCCGGUGGCAGGGAGCCAAGGGAGUUCCAGCGACGCGGCCCCGUACCGCUGGCCAUGUCUAGCUCGAGCAGCCACAUUCAGCCGAACGGCCAUUCGUACGGCUCGGGUGGUGGUGCUCAUUACGGUCAUCACCUCGCUGCGUCUCCUGCUGUUAGCUCGGCGAGUUCGGUCGGCUCAUCGUCGGAGAUGAACCUGUCGCAGGAGCUGCAGAACCAUCCGCUGUUCAAGACCCCGGCCGUGGAUCGCAGUCUUAAGCCAAAUGCAGAGCACAAGCGAGGAGGAGCACCGCCGGCUCGGCCGCCGCCUCCGCAGACCACGCAGCCCCCCUCCUACUACAACCAUCCAUAUGCGGCGCAUCCACAUGUCGAGACCAAGCCGCCGCGACACACCUCCACACCGACCAGGCCGCGACAGCCACUGCCCAACGCCGACUCCAGCAGCUUUGACAGUCCGCCGGACGUGCAAUCACCACCGAUUCCGCCUCGGAGGCAAGGCAGCUCGAAUACCCUUGUGGCCGCCACGGCAGCUGCCGUCUGUGCGGAGAUUAGCAAGCUGGAGCGCAACUGCUGGCAAGAUGAGCUCGCCAACGGAAACAACGGAUCAAUACGCAACUCCAACGCAUCCUCGUCGUCAGUGACAUCGUCCUCCAGCUCAUCGGGCGCAUCUUUUGUGACGGCUGCCUCGACAUUCUCGCACUUGAACAUCUCCGAUCCGCCCGUUCCGACGCCCCGGGCCAAGAGAGAGCAGCAGCAGCACCUGGAGCAGCAAUCCAAACUGGAAGACAGCAUGAACGAUCUGAUAUCGCUGGACGAUAGCAAUAACACCAGCUUCGACCUGGAGGAUUUUGAUCCGUUGAACCAGAAUGCCCGCCCGCUGCCACCGCUAAGCAAGACGUUUAGCAAGAAGUCCAGCACAUUGCCAGCGGGCGUCAACAGCUCGGUGGUUGCCGGAAACAUUAACAAUCCAUUGUACCCGUACUUUGCACCCAAGCACAUGGCCACCGUGGCUGCAGUGACAGGCAGAUCUCCACCAGUAAUGCAUCCGCCACAGAUCCAACGCAAUACCAUUGCGGCCAAGCCAGACGACGACUUUGAGCUGCUGCGAAAGUACGGAUUGGACCAGUUCAGCCUCAAUGGCACCGCGGCGGAGAAGCAGCAGCAGCCGCAGCAGCAGCCGCAGCAGCAGCUAACCACUGGCAAGGGCAUGAACAACUGGACAACAUUCGAUUAGAGCGCAGCAGGAGGAAAAGACACAACCAGCUGGAAAUAUGAUACCAAAAUAAGUGUGAUUGAGAAAUUGUGUUGUAAAUAGCUAUGAGAUAGGAAGCAGCAGAUGCAGGUAGAACGUACGAGAGAGCGUUGACAGUAAAAUAACAUAUAGCCUCUAUUACUUCGAAACACUAUACAUAUGUCUACCUUUUAGUCAGUUAGUUUUAUUCAGUGGCCUGUUCAAGAAAGGAUUAAAUUAAAGCGCUUGUUUGUGUA